AUGCACGUCUAUGGACACGAGCUGAACGGAUGGAACGGCGUGGAUGUUCGCCUUGACGGCAAACUACAGCACAGCCGCGUCCUCAACGUGGUGGGGGGCGGCCUGAUCAUUGAUUUCCAGUGUCCCGCAAAGCGCUCGCAGUUUGUGGAGUACGGGCGCAUCUUCCAGUGGAAGGGCGAACGCUGGUUACCCGGCGCCGGGAGGCCGGUGUCCGUGCUGUUGCGUCGACAGCCGGGCGGUGCAUGGAUGUGGCAUGCUGGCACGGUCCUGUCCCUGGGAGAGGGAGAAGACAGCUACAAUCAGGCGACAUUCGUGGAGGUGAAGCUGCCACAGGGUACCCUCAGGGAGCUCGUUCCGGGGGAGCAGGUACGACAACCGCCCAGGGAGGAACUUUCUAAGGUGCAGCGCGUGGAGAAGGAUGAUUUCGUGAUCCGUUGUUGCCCGCUGUCGGCUACCCAGUGGUCCAUUGGGGAAACCUUCCAUUGCAUACUGAGCGUAUGGUCAAGAGCGCUGUGCACUUCCGUGCUUUGCCAAACACUUCUCUACCUGCAGCUUCGAGAGGACGAUCCGUUAGCCGCUGAGGAAUUUCAACUAGCGUACGAUGAGGCGAAGAAGGAGAAGGAUACCGGCGGCUCGACAAUGACGCUCUGGUUUAACAACAGUGACCGCCCUACAAUGUCUAUAAUAUUUCCGUGGGUAGGCCAACACUGGGCGACGAUCACACUUAACCGAAAGCCGAUGCCCAGAGGAAGGCAUCGUUCGGGCCUACCGUUACCCGCUGAACUGCUGGUGGAGAUCUUCCAGUCGUUGGACUCUGUGGAGCGCAUACGCUGUCGGCGUGUCUGUUACCGGUGGAACGAACAUCUCACCAUGGAAGCGUAUUUCCCGGAUGUGCGCAUGACAGUCGGUGAGAGAUACUGCGAUGGUGACCUGCAGUUCUCCAUAGACGGCCUGUUCUGGAUGGUCUCUGGUUGGCUGAAAUGUACCAACACCCACACCAAGAUGGUAGUUAUCACGGAGCUGGAAUUCGGCUGGUCAAGGCAUCUGGCCGCACUUAGCGCUCACCUCUCCCACUCCCGCCACGUACCGUUACUAGUGUUUUAUGGCUGUGAUUUCACUCUGCCGUCCUGUCGUAUUAAUUACAACAUAUUCAGUGUGGCUGCGUUGGCCUCGGAGUUUGCGACUUACGACAGAAUAUUGUUCAAACACUGUCGCAUCUCUGAUGAUGAUCUGGACGCAUCUCUUCCACAGCUGUGUUUCAGAGGCCAGUCAAGAAGGGAUAUGGAAAUGCAGUUGUGGGAUGUCGUGGAAGACAAUCUUGUCUUCAAGAAGCAGCGGGAUCGACAGACCACACUUGAUUGGCUUGCCGAUUGCAAAGCACGUCAAACACGUCCCAUGGUCCAUGGAAAAUUAUGCUGAAAGUAAUUCUAGUUUCGCUUCAGUUGUACCUCAGUAAAUGAUCUAAGAUGCGCCAUGGGCAACAACCGGAUGUGAGCUCUCGCUCGUCCACACACUAUAGAAAUGGUCUAACGUCUUCGAUUUAGAUGUUGAUAAUGCGCAAAUUUGAAUAUGGUCGCCUCGAAAAGUCACUGAUGCGAACUGUUGAUAUCGAUUUAGGACUUAUCACUUCUAUCGCGCACAAU